AUGAAUCCUCGUGUUCUACUUGGCAUUACCGGCAAGGACUUCACCCUCAUCGCGGCGUCCAAGGCCGCCAUGAGGGGGGCUACGAUUCUCAAGGCAUCCGACGAUAAAACAAGAGAGCUGAACAAGAACACUCUGCUUGCCUUUUCCGGCGAAGCUGGUGAUACAGGUGAGCUAGCUACCCGCAUCGCCCUCGAGCCGGCGCAUAUCAUGAGGAUGCAUCGGCGCCCGCGGAGGCUUGGUGUGCAAUUUGCCGAAUAUAUCCAGCGCAACGCACAGCUCUACUCGAUGCGCAACGAGACCGAUCUAUCGCCCUCGGGCCUGGCACAUUUCGUGCGCGGCGAGCUCGCGUCCAGCCUGCGAUCGCGCAAGCCGUACAACGUCAACCUCCUCAUGGGCGGCGUCGAUCCCAUCACCGGCAAGCCCUCUCUCUACUGGAUGGACUACCUCGCCGCAAUGGCCGAGGUUCCGUACGCCGCGCAUGGCUACGCACAGUACUACUGCCUCUCGAUCCUCGACAAGCACCACCAUCCUGAUAUCACUCUCGGUCAGGGCAUCAAGCUGCUGACGCUGUGCACCGACGAGCUCAAACGACGAUUACCGAUCGACUUCAAGGGCAUGAUUGUCAAGGCUGUCAAGGCGGAUGGGAUCAUAGAUAUACAGUUUGACGACGACAAGGUGGUCAAGUGCGCAGCUGUAAAAAUCAAAGAGACAACAACUCCACGCCGGCCCGUGUCCCCCAUCACCUUCUCGUACAAUGGCGGCCCAGCCGAGGGCUGGAUUCCGCCUAGCCAAGAUGGAACCAGAGCCUCUGCGUGGGUGGGUAAUGUGACAGCCAACAUUGCAGAGUCCGCCAACUCUAGUAAGGACACUAUUCGGGGGGUUGCAGGCGGUGGAUAUUGA